CGUUCUGCGCAGGCGCCGCCGGGCAGGGAAAGCUAUCCGGCGGUCGCAAGGACCCCGCGGCGCUUUCUCCUCCCCCUCCCGCCUCCUCGCCCGGCUGAGCCUCGUUGUGCGGCGCUGCGCCCCGUCACGGGCGGGGGGGGGGCAACAAAGGAUCAUGGAGGGGGGGGCGCCUGCCCAGCAGGCAUCUCAACGGGAUGCAGCGCCUGCCCGUCGUCGUCUCCCUCCGAUGCCCAUCGAAGCCGACCCAAUGUUUGACCGGGAGGACCAAGCGGCCGAGAUCGCCCUGACCUUGGUGGCCUCCUUCCAAGCCAUGGAGAAGAAGGUGGAUUUGCACACCACCCGCCUGCUGGACCUGGAAGGCAGAACCGGGACGGUGGAGAAGAAGGUUCUAGAUUGCGAGAAGACGACGGGGGAGAUCGGCGGGCAGCUGGAGAGCAAGUGGGCCGCGUUGGGGACCCUCAUUCAGGAAUACGGCCUACUGCAACGCCGCCUGGAAAACAUGGAGAACCUGUUGAAGAACCGCAACUUCUGGAUCCUGCGCUUCCCGCCGGGCUCCAAGGGAGAGUCCCCGAAAGUGCCAGUGACCUUUGACGACAUGUCGGUCUACUUCAACGAGAAGGAAUGGGAGAAACUGGAAGAAUGGCAGAAGGAACUCUACAAGAAUUUGAUGAAGGGCAACCACCAGUCCUUGGUCUCUUUGGAUUAUGCCAUUUCCAAGCCAGGCGUUUUGUCGCAGACCGAGCGUGCGACCGACGAACAGGACUCAGAAGAACAGGGAAGGCUUCCCGACCCCACAGCAGCUGGCAUCAGGGUGGUGAUCAAAACGGAAGAGCCUCAUUCCGACGAAUGUCCUGGAGAUCUGGAGCAACAUCAGAUGUCCGGGAGUUCGGAGGGAGAUUUCCAAGGCUUGGACCCUGAAGCCCCCUGCGGCAGCCCCUACAGCGCAGCCACUCCGUUGGGGAACUUUGCCAGGAACAACAACCUGGAGGAAGGAAGCGAGUACGACGUGAACUUUGGCGAGAUCAAGAGGGUCACUGUGCAGCACAGCAACUGCACGGAUGACGGGAUCGUAAUCAAAAUGGAGGAGGAAGAGGAGGAGGAGGAAGAAGAAGAGGAAAGAAGAGGAGGAGGAGGAGGAGAUCCCGUCAGUUUGGAGACCCGGGGGUUGUUUUCGUCCAGGGCCGAGCCGCCCUGCUCGCUGACCUGCAAUGUGGGGUUCCUGCGGGAGGAGCAGAGGGUGACCAAGCCACCCCGACCCACCGUUGGAUCUGCGCCCCGCUCUGCGAGAGAGACAAUAGCGUUGAAACGCGUCCGGUCACCCUGCAGCAGCGAAACCGGACGCUGCGAGCGGCCAUACAUCUGUCCAGACUGCGGCAAGAGCUUCAUGCUGCGGAUCAACUACAUAAUCCAUCAGCGUAACCACCUCAAGGAGGGGCCCUACGAGUGCCACGCCUGCGAACUCAGCUUCCGCAUCAAGCAGCAGUACCUCCUGCAUCAGCGGCUGCACACGGCACGGCGCGGGGUGGCUCCUCCGCCCCGCCGCGGACAGAACUACGCUAACAAACGUAGCUUCAAGCAACAGCCUCAGCCUCGCCCGCCGCCCGGCAAGCCCUACAAGUGUAGCGAGUGUGACAGCAGCUUCAGCCACAAGUCGAGCUUGAGCAAGCACCAGAUCACGCACGUUGGUGAGCGCCCGUACUCGUGCGGCGAGUGCCAGAAGAGCUUCCGGCUGCAGAUCUCGCUGGCCAUGCACCAGCGGGUGCAUGCUGGCAAAACCGAGCUGUCCUUCAUCUGCCCGCAGUGUGGGAAGGCCUUCAGUCGGCCGUCCCACCUUCUGCGACAUCAGCGGACUCAUACGGGUGAGCGUCCGUACAAGUGCAGCCAGUGCGACAAGACAUUCAGCGAGAAGUCGAAGCUGACCAACCACUACCGGGUGCACACCCGCGAGCGGCCCCACGCCUGCAGCGAGUGCGGCAAGGGUUUCAUUCGCAAGCACCAUCUGCUCGAGCACCAGCGUAUCCACACGGGCGAGCGGCCGUACCACUGUGCCGAGUGCGGGAAGAAUUUCACCCAGAAGCAUCAUCUACUUGAGCACCAGCGGGCACACACCGGUGAGCGGCCAUACCCAUGUACGGAGUGCGCCAAGUGCUUCCGCUAUAAGCAGUCGCUCAAGUAUCACUUGCGGACACACAUGGGGGAGUGAGGGGCUGUCUCUGUUUCCUGCACCCCCCUCCCCCAAAAAACUAGCCCUGGUAUUUCGGGACAGAGAACUUAAUCUGGGAGAGGGGGAAGGACGUCCUGCAGAGAUACCUUCCUCUCUGCCCACUGGAGCACUGAUCGGGGUCCCUCCCUCCAAGCCAGUAAUGGGGUUCUGGCUCAACUAACCUUCAUCUCUUCCGGCACCGUAAUCUUGAUGGACACAAACUAUAUUCUCCAAGCUUCUGGCUUCCUUGACCCCUCCCCUUCCCCCUUCUCUUCUUUUUGAUAAUAAAAGUGGAGCCUGAUUUAUUGGUAAGCA